GUAGAGGUGGCAGCGAUUGACUACUUGACGGAGUUGGAACUGAAUAUUGUAAUGGGUCGAGCGAUGCUGUUAACAUUGGUGGUGGUGAUGGGUGUGGUGAGCGCAUCGGCUAAUGAGUGUGUCCAGUGUAAGGCGUGCACCGGUAACGAAGUCGCAACCACAUGCCCGGACGGUUACGACGAAUGCUAUACGUCUACAUUAGACGACGGAACUAUACAGAAGGGAUGCGCCACCCCGGCAUGCGAGGACAGCUGUCCCAGUGAGAGCUCGCGGUCCCUUCAACUUGAUGACCCAAAAUUCAACAUAAUUCUCUGCUACAAGUGCUGCAGCGGCAGCGGGUGCAACGGUAACGGCGCGGGGCUCGCCGCCCCCGCUGGGCUGCUGCUGCUGCUCACGCCGCUCAUCGCCGGCGUCCUGUCGCGAUGAGAGAUGCACUUCAACCGAGUC